ACAUAUCAAACACCUUUAUAUAUCCUCUUCUCGGCUCAGUGUAGUAGUGUCACGCUAGAGCUAGAGAUAGAGCUAGAAGAAUCUUGUUUCUGUGUCAACAAUGGCGGACGAGGUUAUUCUUUUGGACUUCUGGGCAAGCAUGUUUGGGAUGAGAGCCAGAGUGGCGCUGGCUGAGAAGGGUGUCAAGUAUGAGUACAGAGAGGAGGACUUGAGGAACAAGAGCCCACUGCUUCUGCAGAUGAACCCGGUUCACAAGAAGAUCCCGGUUCUCAUCCACAACGGCAAACCGGUUUGCGAGUCUCUCAUCAUUGUGCAGUAUGUUGAUGAGGUUUGGAGGGACAAAGCUCCUCUGCUUCCCUCUGAUCCUUACCUGAGAGCUCGCUCCAGGUUCUGGGCUGAUUUCAUUGAUAAGAAGCUAUAUGAUGCUGGAAGGAUAAUAUGGGCCACAAAAGGGGAGGAACAAGAGGCAGGCAAGAAGGAGUUCAUUGAAGUCCUUAAGCAGUUGGAAGGAGAGCUUGGAAACAAGCCUUAUUUUGAGGGUGAGAGUUUUGGGUUCCUGGACAUUGCUCUCAUCACAUUCUACAGCUGGUUCUAUGCAUUUGAGACUUGUGGAAACUUCAGCACAGAGGCAGAGUGUCCCAAGCUGAUUGCAUGGGCCAAGAGGUGCAUGCAGAAGGAGAGUGUGUCCAAAACUCUUCCUGACAACAAGAAGAUCUAUGAGUUUGUUCUUGGUAUGAAGAAGAUGUUUGGUGUGGAAUAGAAUGAGAAAAUAGGCUUUAAUUCUAGUUUUCUUUCCUUUCAGGGCCUUUUUUUUUCCUGGUUAGACACUUUGGUGUGUCUUCUGAAUGUCAUGUCAAAAGGGUAUGUUUGUAUUAUAACAAUAAUAAAAUAGACACUUUGAUGUGUCUUUGCUCUA